AUGAGCCGCGAACCUUCAUCACGCAGUAGUCGCACGAGCAGCCACGGGAAGUUGAAGCCCAUCGCGGAGGGCACAGAACUACUUAUCACCACUACCCCCAGCUCCGGCUCCACCUCAAUCUCCACUUCUCGUACCUCAUCCCAAGAAGCUUUCCCGACAUACGACGAGCCGAGCAUCGAUACCCUACUCUCCUACGAUGUCGACUUGACCAAGCAGCGGAACGCGGAAUUGGCGGAGGCGGUGGCGAGGGCGAUGAGUAUUUCUGUUCCUGCUUCUGAAUCUGUUCAUGGGGAGGUCGAAAAGGUAUAUAUAGCCGUCAAGGUCGACCGUGCGCAGAAGGGAGUAGAGAUCGAGGAUGCUCCGUUGCCACCUCAGGAGUCUGCGAUGAGCGUAUCCCCCACCACGUCCACGACCACGCCCACGCCCAACUCCACUUUCGACCCCAAAUUUCAAAGCGUGCAGCUCGCGGCCGACAUAGCCGCCCUGCAGCACUCCCACCACCACCUGCAGGCACGCCUGGAUACACUCACCUCCACCCUCCUAGCCAAACAAGAUAGCGAGAAAGGUCUGCUCGCCUUGAUGCGUGGACAGACACAAUCGCUAGAAGAGGUGUUCGCCAGGUUGGAAGGCAAAGGCGUUGAUCUAAAGCGGUCGAGGAGCGAAAGCGACAUGAGUGGCGGCAAGCCUUUGUGGGAUGAGCGGGUUUGGCGUGGGCGGAAAGUGGCGCAUUGGGCUUUGUUGCCUUCGGUGGAGUUGAAGGAGACGAAUGAGGAGGGUGGACGAUUGUGCGUGGUAGUGGACCUCGAGCCAGAGAUCGAAAUGUGA